GAAGCUGAAUACGCGGAAGGCCCCCGGGCCGGAUGGUGUCUCCCCCUCCACUCUCAGACACUGUGCGGACUAGCUGGCUCCUGUCUUCACUGACAUUUUUAACACCUCUCUGGAGCUAUGCCGCGUGCCGUCCUGCUUUAAGACCUCUACCAUUGUCCCUGUCCCCAAGAAAGCACGGAUCACAGGACUAAAUGACUACAGGCCGGUCGCGCUGACGUCUGUGGUCAUGAAGUCCUUUGAGCGCUUGGUCCUGCCCCACCUCAAGGACAUCACCGCCCCCCUCCUGGACCCACUGCAGUUCGCCUACAGAGCCAACAGGUCUGUGGAUGAUGCAGUGAACCUGGCCCUCCACUUCAUCCUGGAGCAUCUGGACUCCCCAGGAACCUACGCUAGGAUCCUGUUUGUGGACUUCAGCUCUGCCUUCAACACCAUCCUCCCUGGACUGCUACGAGACAAGCUCUACCAGCUCAGCGUGCCCGACUCCCUCUGCAGUUGGAUUAAUGACUUCCUGACAGACCGAAGACAGCACGUACGGCUGGGGAAGAUUGUCUCGGACAGUCGAACCACAAACACUGGUACUACUCAGGGCUGUGUACUCUCCCCCUGGCUCUUCUCCCUGUAUACAAACUGCUGCACCUCCAGUCACCAAUCCGUAAAACUGCUCAAGUUUGCGGAUGACACCACCCUCAUCGGGCUCAUCUCGAAUGGCGAUGAGUCCGCCUACAGGAGAGAGGUGGACCGGCUGACGUCCUGGUGCAGCCUCAACAACCUGGAGCUGAACGCCCAGAAAACAGUGGAGAUGAUCAUGGACUUCAGGAAAGUCACAGCCCCACCAUCCCCCCUCACCCUGAUUGACUCUCCCACCCCAGUCCCCAUUGUGGACUCCUUCCGUUUCUUGGGCACCACCAUCACCCAGGACCUCAAGUGGGAGCUGACCAUCAGCUCCCUCAUCAAGAAGGCCCAGCAGAGGAUGUACUUCCUGCGGCAGCUGAGAAAACUUAAGGUGCCGACCGAGAUGCUGGUGCAGUUUUACUCAGCCAUCAUAGAGUCCAUCCUGACCUCCUCCAUCACAGUGUGGUUCCCCGGCGCCACAGUCCAGGAUAAGAAUAGACUGCAGCGCAUCGUACGUGCUGCUGAGAAGGUGAUUGGCUGCAAGCUCCCAUCCCUCCAGGACUUGUUCUCCUCCAGGACCAGGAGGCGUGUGGGUCGGAUCACAGCUGACUCUUCUCACCCUGGACACACACUAUUCUCCCCUCUCCCCUCAGGCAGGAGACUACGCUCCAUCCAGACCCACACCUCCCGCCACCUGAACAGUUUUUUCCCCUCGGCCAUCAGGCAAAUGAACAAUAACUCCUAACAGCAGCUCCUUGAAUUCCUUGAAUCCCUUCUAAGUCUAUCUGAUAGCUCAGUCACAGCUCU